AUGCAUACUACUAACGACUACCCGCCUGUCGAGGUCGACAAUGAGAUCAAGGGAAGAUUGGCCCUGAUAACCGGAGCUUCUGGAGGUAUUGGAGCCGCAUGUGCACGACAACUUGCAGCUCAAGGUGUGCAUCUCGCACUCACUUACGCAUCAAACUUGAAAUCAUGCCAAAGACUUGCCGACGAACUCAAGAGCCAGCCAGCAAAUGCCGAUCUCAAGAUCACUAUCCACAAAGCAGAUCUCGCAAGCAUUGAAGAGACAACAGCAUUGUGCCCAGAGGUUGUCAAACAACACGGGCGAGCAAUUGACAUUCUGGUCUCCAAUGCUGGAUAUGGUGUCAGAAUCCAGAAUGUAUGGGAGAUCCCACUCGAGGAGUUCGAGCACACUCUGAAUGUCAACCUUCGAGCUACGUUUCUGCUUGUCAAGGGUGUUGUCGAAGGUAUGAGAGAUCAAAGAUGGGGCAGAAUGAUCUUCAUCUCGAGCAUCGCAGCCUACGGAGCUGGCAUCAACGGUUGCCAUUAUGCUGCUUCCAAGGGUGGAUUGCAAUCAAUGAUGAAGAACCUCUCUUCCCGUCUGGCACCUUACAACAUCUCGGUCAAUGACGUGAGCCCUGCAAUGGUGGGAAGUACUGGUCUCCUGCCUUCCGCCGACAGCGUUCCUGGAGUCGUCGACAACAUCCCACUGAAGCGUCUCUGUGCACCAGAGGAGGUAGCCAACGUUGUCUUGAUGUAUGCAAAGACUGGAUUUGCUACGGGUCAAUCGCUUGUGGUUGGCGGCGGAUUACGAUAG